ACAGCGUCACAGCUGGACAGCACGCGCAGAGGACAGACGGGUGUCACGUCUUUAUUUACAAAUAGAAGAAAAACACAUUGGACAAAGUUUUAAAUUCCUUGAAUAUAGAAAAGAGGAACUAAGGUUACACAACGUAUAAAAGAGAGCUUCAAAAGGAACGGCAACAUGUUCACUUGGGUAAAUAAGGAACAGGGUGGAAGGAACAAGGAGGGCGAUAUGUUUCAGACCGUGACUGAAGGACUCCAGAGUCUUUAUUCCAAGAAGCUGCUGCCUUUAGAGGAGACGUACCUCUUCCACGACUUCCACUCACCUGCACUGGAGGAGGCGGACUUCCAGAGCAAACCCAUGGUCCUCCUGGUCGGACAGUAUUCCACAGGGAAGACCACUUUCAUAAGGUAUCUUCUGGAGCAGGAUUUCCCAGGGAUGCGAAUUGGCCCUGAGCCAACGACAGAUGGAUUCAUUGCUGUGAUGUAUAAUGAGAACGAGGGGGUCGUUCCUGGAAAUGCCUUGGUUGUAGACCAAAAGAAACCUUUCCGGAAACUCAAUACCUUUGGAAACGCCUUCUUAAACAGGUUCAUCUGCUCGCAAAUGCCCAACCAAGUCCUGCAUAGCAUUAGCAUCAUUGACACCCCGGGGAUCUUGUCUGGCGAGAAGCAACGCAUAAGCAGAGGCUAUGAUUUCACAGAAGUUCUGCGCUGGUUUGGAGAGCGAGUGGACCGUAUCAUCCUCCUCUUUGAUGCUCACAAGCUGGACAUAUCCGAUGAGUUUUCUGAAGCGAUCAAAGCUUUCCGUGGACAGGAUGAUAAAAUCCGUGUGGUGCUAAACAAGGCUGACCAAGUGGACACUCAGCAGCUGAUGCGGGUUUAUGGUGCAUUGAUGUGGUCACUGGGGAAGGUGAUCAAUACACCAGAGGUGGUGAGGGUCUAUCUCGGCUCCUUUUGGGCCAAGCCUCUCCAAAACGCAGAGAACCGCCGCCUGUUUGAAGCUGAAACACAGGAUCUCUUUAGAGACAUCCAAAGUCUUCCUCGAAACGCUGCCCUGCGUAAACUUAAUGACCUCAUCAAAAGAGCUCGUCUUGCUAAGGUGCAUGCUUACAUCAUCAGCUACUUGAAGAAGGAGAUGCCAUCCCUGUUUGGGAAAGAGAAGAAGAAGGAGGAGUUGAUUGCCCACCUGCCUGAGAUCUAUCAGAUGCUGCAGAGAGAGCACCACAUCUCACCUGGAGAUUUCCCUAAUGUCAUCAAAAUGCAGGAGCAACUCCAACACUACGACUUCAGCAAGUUCCCGUCGUUGAAGGUGAAGUUGAUUGAAUCUGUGGACAAGAUGUUGUCAACCAAGAUCUCAAGUCUGAUGAACAUGAUCCGAGAGGAAGAAAGUAAACUGCCACCUCAGCUGGUAAUGGGUGGAGCCUUUGAGGACUCUUCUGAUGGACCUUUCGGCCAUGGUUAUGGUGAGGGUAUCAGUGCAGGGGCUGACACUGAAGACUGGAUCGUAAGUCGCGACAAACAUCGCUAUGACGAGAUCUUCUACACCUUGAUGCCUAUCAAUGGGAAGGUGACUGGCAUCAAUGCCAAGAAGGAGAUGAUGAAUUCCCGCUUGCCCAACACUGUACUAGGAAAGAUCUGGAAGCUUGCAGACUGUGAUAAAGAUGGGAUGCUGGAUGAUGAAGAAUUUGCUCUGGCUCAGCACCUUAUUAAGGUCAAGCUGGAAGGAUUUGAGCUCCCAACUGAGCUACCAAUUCACCUAGUGCCUCCAUCACACAGGAAGAACCCCACUGCUGACAUAUUAUACAAUCACCAGGAGGACUAAUCACUUUACCUGCCGGCGCCCAUUUAUAGAGGUUCCUUCAUACUGUAUAUGUAUAGUUAUCAUCCAGCUGCUAGCACAGUGUGGCCUUAAAUUAGAAUAUUAAAAUGUAAAGAAACUAUGUUGAAAGGGGCAAGUUUUAUUGGUUAAGCCAUCUUUCACAUUGUAUGUUGCUUUUACUGUUGAACUUAAGUGUAGCUCUCACAUAAGGAAAUAUGCCUACAUCCACACUAAUAUGUUUUAGUUUGAAAACGUGUUGUUUUUGCUUAAUUUACGCCUUUAAUCCACACUGAAAAAGUGUUUUCCUCCCCUGUAAAUUGAGACUUUAGAAAACGCUCUCCAGCACUGCAUACUUCGGUAAAUUAUGACAUUUGAAACUGAAAAUUAAAGUUAAAAUUAAACAGAAAUUGAUUAGUUUGAACAUGGCUUGACUUAGUGUUAGAGAAGAGCACAGAUUUAUGACAGACAAUAUCUACAAAUUCAUAUUUCAGCCCAUAAAAUUAGAGUUACUUCAAAAUUUUAUCUCCUUGUUUUAUUUAAUUUGACUAAAUAUUUGUAGAUUGUUGCAGUUGUAGAUCAUUGUUUGGGGUGCUUUAAAUGUUUAAUAUUACACUUCAAUAGAAAUAACCUUUUUCAGUUGUUGUAACAUGCAUGUAAGCAACUUAACACGUAAUCUACUUGUACAUGAAGCACUAUCACAGAGGGCACAAACAAAAUUAAAAUCCAUUUCACUCAGUCUGACACAGCAUGAAUGUCAAAGGCUGAUAUUUAUCUAUAUAUUUUAAUAGUUUUGCAGCACAACAGUUUAUUUUAUCUAAAUCUUGAUUCAAACUUCUUGAUGGCACAGUUGUUUAAACUGGAAAAUAAUAGCAUCAAAAUCCUGAAUUAGACAUCUUUAAUGUACAUUUUGUAAUGCAGGGAAAUAGAAACAGUAUUCAGUUUAUGAUGCAAUUAAAAUUAUUUGUAUUUUUUAUAUUUUAGAUAUAAUGUUUUUAGUCUUCUCACACUGGGUGUUACAUAUUUUAUGCUCUGCAUAAAAUUUCAUGACAUUGACUAAAAUGAUACGUUCAUUUACCAUCAUUAUAUGAUAACACUGUGUUUUGUCAUUUUUACUGUCAGUACAAAUUUCUGUAUGACGCUCCAUUUAUAGGUUGCAUAAGGAUUAUGAUGGUUUAUGUCGGCAAACAUUUAUGGACAAAAACUUAUUCUAAAAUUUCAGUAUUGAGUAGAGGCAUAAGUCCUUUAUUAGUCCCAAACUACCAAGUGUUUUCUCUGUCUUUUUAAUUAAAUACCCUUUUAAAAUAAGAAUUGUAUAUUUAGAUAAAAUAUAUACAUUGACAGUAAGAGAUUUUCCUUGAUUUCAUAAAAUUAAAGGAGGCUUGUGACAAUACUUUAUAUGACUGGGGUGCAAAAGAAGUUCUUUUGUAUGAUGCAACGAGUUUUCAUUCAGCCACAACAUUAAAACCACCUGCCUAAUAAUGUGUAGGUCCCCCUUGUGCUGCCAAAACAGUGUUAACCCGCAUCUCAGAAUAGCAUUCUGAGAUGCUAUUCUUCUUACCACAACUGUACAGAGCGGUUAUCUGAGUUUCUGUAGACUUUGUCAGUUCGAACAAGUCUGGCCAUUCUCUGUUGACCUCUCUCAUCAACAAGGUAUUUCCGUCCACAGAAUUGCCGCUCGCUGGAUGUUUUUUAUUUUUGGAACCAUUCAGAGUAAAUCCUAGAGACUGUUGUGUGUGAAAAUCACAGGAGUUCAGCAGUUACAGAAAUACUCAAUCCAGCCCAUCUGGCACCAACAAUCAUCCAUGCGAUUAUCUAAUCAGCCAAUCAUGUGGCAGCAGUGCAGUGCAUAAAAUCAUGCAGAUACGGGUCAGGAGCUUCAGUUAAUGUUCACAUCAACCAUCAGAAUGGGAAAAAAAUGUGAUCUCAGUGAUUUGGACCGUGACAUGAUUGUUGUGGCCAGAUGGGCUGGUUUGAGUAUUUCUGUAACUGCUGAUCUCCUGGGAUUUUCAUAUACAACUGUCUCUUGAAUUUACUCAGAAUGGUGCCAAAAACAAAAAACAUCCAGUGAGCAGCAGUUCUGUGGAUGGAAAUAUCUUGUUAAUGAGAGAGGUCAACAGAGAAUGGCCAGAUUGGUUCGAACUGACAAAGUCUACAGUAACUCAGAUAACUGCUCUGUACAAAUGUGGUGAGAAGAAUAUCAUCUCCGAAUGCUAUUCUGAGAUGCGGGUUGGUGCUGUUUUGGCGGCACGAAGGAGAACUACACAAUAUUAGGCAGGUGGUUUUAAUGUUGUGGCUGAUCGGUGUAUACUUUGAUAGUGAUGAAUGUAAUUGUGUAUGCUAAUCAUUGUGUCAAUGUAACCAUAUGUAAAUUGUAACUACUGUAGAUUCUAGGUAUAUAGUUAGCUUCUGUCAGCUCAGAGAUGGAAUACAAGAGCUAGGCUGUGACUUUGUGACAAGAUCAUUAUUGAUCAGCUGAAUGUUUUUGUGCUUUAGCAAGAAACUGGUAAAAUUAAGAUUACUGUAAAAAGUGAUUACACCCAUACUGUUCUUGGGGCAUUACAUUCAUAUAAUUGAUGUUAAACUUUGCUUUGCUUUUAGGUGUUUUCCACAUUUGCUUUAACAAGCCUUUAACAUAUGUGGAAGUUUAAGCCACCUGUUAAUGUAUAAUUCAUUGUAAAAAGAUGACGGUUUUCUACACCCUUUUAUAUGGAAUAAGGGAAUGUAAUAAACUAUUUCAAACGAA